UCUCAAAGCAAACUUUCCUUUCCCACUAGGUCGUCACAUACAAAACCCUCCUAGCGCGUAACACCAUCUUUUUCCUGUCUUCAAAUUCGAAGAUCCCACCGCAUGAAAACGACUCCAUUUAGUUGGAUUGGACCUCUCCAUUGAUUUGAUCAUGCAAACAUUUUCAACCCCCUUUAACUUUAUCCCUUUAUUACUGCUCAUCUUUUUAUGCCUCUCUUUCCCAUAUUUCAUCCUUUAUUUUUCUUCUUUUCCUCCAUUACUGUUGCCAUUAACAUUUAUUACUUGAUAGGUUGUCGGUGGAUGGUAGCAUCCUAUGUUAAAAACACAGAGAACUGUACUUUCAGUACCCAACAUCUCUCUUGGCCUUCUGAUUUCAGGGUUUUUGUGGUUUGCAAUUUAAGCUACAAUAAUUUCUCUUUCACUUCAAUGUCAGUUACUUUAUCUUAAUGAUCUUCUCCGCAAUUUUUGUGCCGUAAAUGGUGGUCGAGUAUUAAGCUAUAGCUGUUGUUAAACAACUUUAUUCUCUGCAUAAGCGUAGAAAUUAAGGUCACAUGGACCACAAAACAUGGCUUUGGAGGAAAAAAUCUUCCGAGAAGACAAUUGUUGCUACUGACAAGUUUGACAUUUCUUUGAAACGAAUUGAUGAAGAGGUACAAAUGCCUCCGGUGCAGGGGGGACGAGAUAGAAUAGUGAAAAAUCUAAACGAGAAGCUUGCUUCAGUCCUCCUUGAUUGUCAUGAGAAGGAUGAUCUGGUGACAAAAAAUGUGAAAAUGGCACCAGAAGCCAAUGCAGGUUGGGAAAAGUCAGAAGCAGAUGCAAUAUUUCUCAAGAAAGAGCUAGAUGAAGCUUUGAGGCAGGGAAAAUUGGCAAAUGAAAAGUUAACUCACUCAGAUGCUGCAUUGAAGGAAUGUAUGCAACAGCUAAAUUUUGUUCGACAAGAGCAGGAGACGAGGAUACGUGAUGCUGUCGUGAAGACAUCAAGCGAGUUUGAGAAAGCACAGAAAGCAUUACAAGACAAGCUGGCAGAGACAUACAGAAAGCUUGAGGAGUUGGCCACUGAGAAUUCUCGUCUGAGUAAGGCCCUGCUAGUCAAAGAAAAAUUGAUUGAAGAUCAGCAGAAGCACAAGUCUCAGGUAGAAGCAGAAUUGGGUGCACUAAUGGAUAGAUUCGAUUUCACUGAAAAAGAGAAUGCAUUUUUGAAAUAUGAGUUUCAUGUGCUAGAGAAGGAGCUUGAGAUCCGAAAUGAAGAGAUGGACUACAACCGUCGAUCUGCUGAUUUAGCACAUAAGCAACACUUGGACAGCAUAAAGAAAAUCACCAAGUUGGAAGUUGAAUGCCAGAAGUUACGUCUCCUUCUGCAAAAGAGGCUGCCAGGUCCUGCUGCCGUGGUGAAAAUGAAGAAUGAAGUUGAAAUGCUGGGAAGGGACAAGAGAGAGAUGAGAAGAAGAAAGCUGAAUCCCACAAGAGAUUUGAUUAUUCGAGACUCCACUGCUGAAAAUCCAUCCAAGAAUAUCAAUCUCCUGCUAGAGCAACUACGCAAUGUGGAAGAAGAAAACAGGAUUCUCAAAGAAAUAAUGAUCAAGAAGAAUGCUCAAAUCCAGUUCUCGAGUUUACUUUGUUCUCAAACAUCAUCCACGCCAAGACGGGUUGAGAUUCAGCCUAAAGUGCUGUUCAAAGGACAGAACUCGAUGGAGCUGGUAAAGAGUAGUUCAAUAUCGAGUGACCUAUCUCUAACAUCAGCUUUUGAUAUUGGCAGUAUUGAUGGAAAUAGCGCUUCUUGUUCAUCGUCUAAUGCUUUGAUUUCAGAAUCUGUACAGUCUGAAGACAGAAGACGUAGGAAUCCAAUGCAACACAAGGCCAUUACAGUUCCAGAAAUGAGAUUAAUGGACGAUUUUAUAGAGAUGGAAAAACUAGCCUUAGUGUCUGAAGGUGGAUAUAAUCCAGUGUCUAAUAGUGAGGAAUUGGUUCCGUUUGGGGAGGGUCACCGUGGCUUCAGCAACACAAAACAGAUAAACUCAAGAGAUGUAGCGGCUGAAACAUCAUUUGAUUGGCUUCAGGUUGUUUUGCAUGCUAUCUCUGAGCACAAACGUAUCUCCAACAGAAGUUUAGAUGAAAUUCUCGAGGACAUCAAAAUAGCUUUGGGUUGUAGCAAUCUUUUAAGUGCCCCUGAUGUUAAUAAAACAGCAUGUUCAAUGCAACCCAUAGAAUCUGAUCCUCUCCAUAUCAGCGGCUACAUAGCCUGGCAAUCUCCAAAAACAUCUCCUACUGUAGGUUCACUCAGUGGAGCUUCUAGUGUUGAAAGCUCAGCGGAAAAAACAAAGAAGCAACAGUUUCAAUCUAAUCUGAGCAAGUCAAUCCGUAAAAUCAUUGAGCUCAUUGAAGGAAUUGGCCUAACAUCUUACAACACCUCUGGCAGUUGUCUAGCAAGAGAUCAAACUCCCAAACAAUCACCAGCUCAUGCAGACUAUUUUAUCUGUGUUUUUCAGUGGAAAAGUUCUGAAUUAAGCACUGUUCUACAACAAUUUCUUUGUACUUGCAAUGAUCUGUUGAAUAAAAGGGCUGAUCUUGAAAAUUUUGUUGGGGAACUCUCAUUUGCUUUGGACUGGAUUGUGAACAACUGUGUUACUCCUAAGGAAGCUUCAAGUGCAAGGGAUAAGAUCAAAAGACAUUUUGGUUGGAAUGAAUCACAAAGUGAAAAAGAAGUUGGUUCUGGAGGGCAAUGUUUAGUAGUGGAAUCGGAUGUGAUCCAUAUUUCUGAAGAGCAAUCAUCAUGCUUAGACUCCUUAGCUUCUUCGAAUGACCAGAAUCAGAGUGUUCUUUCCCGAAAGGAGGGUAUUUGGUGUAGCCUGGAAGAAGAAAACAAGAGAUUAAAAGACGAUUUGAUGAAUAUGGAAGCCAGGCUUGAGUCAGCAACUUGCAAGAGUGAGGCCUUGACAGUACAACUUCAUGAAUCAGAAGAAAGCAUUGGAAGCUUACAAACAGAACUUAAUAUUUUAAAAGAGUCAAAGAAAUUGAUUGAGGAUCAGCUCGAAAAUCAGAAAUCAAUUAAUGAAGAUCUUGAUACCCAGCUCACAGUUGCCAAAGCUAAACUGAAUGGAAUGUUCCAGAAGUGCUCUUCCUUGGAAGUUGAGUUGGAGUACAAAAAUAACUGUUGUGAAGAGCUAGAAGGUACAUGUCUUGAGCUUCAACUCCAGUUAGAGAGUGUGGCAAAGAAAGAAAUACCGAAGUAUGCCAUGAAUCGGGAGGGGAAGCAAUCUCAAAAUGGUUGGGAAAUUACUGCAGCUUCAGUGAAGUUGGCGGAGUGCCAGGAAACAAUUCUGAACCUAGGUAAGCAAUUAAAGAUGUUGGCCUCACCACAAGAUGCAGCAAUCUUUGACAAGGUUUUCUCCAGAAGUGGUGCUGCCACUACUAUAAUGAAUAACAAAAAGAUGAAUAAACACUUCUCCUUGCGUGAUCGAAUGAUAGCUGAAGAUGGUGUUAAUGCAGAGGUUUUCAAGUCUCCCAAUGUUCAAGGAACUUUAAGCAUUGAAGAAGCAGAGAAUUUAUCCCUUCCUCACUCCAAUAAUUGCAAGAACUUGCAAGCUUCAGAUGUGCCAGUAUGUAUUUCACAAUCACAUCUUGGUUCCAAGCAUGAAGGUACUAACACUGGAGUUAUGGCUUUGGCUAUGGUGCCAAGCAAGAAGCAAGGAGUUGGUUUGCUAAGGAGGCUGCUGUUGAGAAGGAAAAAAGGUUACAGUAAAAAAUCUCCUUUUCAAAAGACCAACUAGUGACUGGGAAAGGGUGAAGAGGUGAAAAUUCCCUGAAAAGGAGUGAAGACAUGGUCACUGAGGGCAAUACACCGGUAGUUUUCAUAGUGUGGUGAUUUUUUUUUUUUUUUUGCAUCUUAUUUACUGAGUAUGGUGACAGCUUGUAGUCUUGUGGUCCUUCUGCAAGACUCAUAAUGUGGGGAAGAAAGUGAGAGAGAAAUAGAGGUGUAUGGUGUCCUAAUCUGGCUUAUGUAGGCGUUUGAAAGACCAGAAUAACUACAGUUUGAGUUAGUUGCGUUAACCAGAGAAUUGUCAUUUGUGAGAUACAAUCAUAAAUUUUCUUUGACCAGAAUGCUGAUUUCUAGAUUUGACGAGA